AUGGAACUCUCUGUUUUGCCAAAUAACAACCAUCCAGACAAAUUCCUGCAGCUCGAUGUGAAGUCUUUAAUGAGGAACUCAGCCCUUCUCCAGGCAAGCCUGGUGAGGUUUCCAGGUGGGAAUUAUCCUGCUGCACAACAGUGGCAAAACCUCGUGUACUCACAGAGAGAAAAGAGGAUUAUUACUGCUCAGCAAAUGAGGGGGUCCAGGGUGGAGGGUGCCAUCGCUGCAGAUAGACCUCCACCUCUGUCAUCGGUUCUGAAGAACAACCCACUAUAUGGUGACAUGAGUUUGGAGGAAGCUAUGGAAGAAAGAAAAAAGAAUCCUUCAUGGACCAUUGAGGAAUAUGACAAACGUUCCCUGCACACGAACCUUUCUGGGCAUCUGAAGGAAAAUCCUCACGACCUACGGUUUUGGUUGGGAGACAUGUACACACCUGGUUUUGAUACCCUAUUGAGAAAAGAAGAAGAACAAGAGAAGCAUUCAAAAUAUUGUCGUAUAGGUCUGAUUUUGCUCCUUGUUGUCUGCAUCUUGGUUUCCAUAGUGACUAUUAGCACUUUUUUCAUCUAG